UUUGAACAGCUCUCACUCUUGCUUUUUAAAAGGUUUGAACCUUUCAACCCUUCCCCAACCUUUUCAGCUAGGUAUAUACAGUUCUUCCCCCGUCCCCGCAUAGCAUCUCGCACAACUUACCAAAAUUACCCUUACAUUCCAUCCACAUUGCACAGUAGAAUCACUUUCUUGUUUUCCCCUUCGCGUCUUUCUUCCACCAGAACCGCUUCCUCCACGCAGCAUUCAGAUCCCCCUGCCGCUCACCACAUAGCUGCGAUGUACAGAUAGUUUUAGGUACGUAGGUACUUAUCCAAUACCUAAUUGCCUCUGUUGAUGUUUUUGACUCCGAAAGUACUGUUCUAUUCUUCAAAAUUUACACUUCUUAUUUUUAAAAAAAAAACUUUUUUCAUAUGCACAAAAACUAGCGUAAGCUUACCUACAGGGAAAACCAUAUCCGAAUGGCUAAAAAAAAAAAAAAAAAAAAGGAUAAUUAUGGUACCUACAUAAGUAUCUAAUUAAUUGCAUAUGUAUCACUCGACUAUAAACUAAGCUGUAGGUAGUGUAGGUAUAUCUAAAAGGAGAAUAAACGCUCAUGAGUGAAGAAGGUAACGGGGAAUAGAAGGUAGUUUUUAUUCUGCAGCAGUGACAAAAAAGGCGAGGAGAAAGAGUUGGUUUUCAGAAAACAGGAGGACGUAAGAAACGGUGACUAAAUAAAGAUUUCUUAUUUUAAAACCAAACGAAGAUGCAUGGAAGUGAUAUCAGUUUUGAACAGAAAGUCUUUUUUUGAAAGCGUAUGUUGUGUGUCAAUUUUUUUUUCAAUUGUUUCUUACGAGUACAUAUUCGUAUACCAUCUGUACAAACUUUCCAUACCCCAUAAAGAACUAAAUUUAUGUACUCAAGUGCAUUUUUUCGCAUAAAAUGUCUCGACAUUUGAUUUUAAUCUUAGCAUGGAUUUCAUGUUCAACCAUUUCCUUCGGUUCUACCCUCGAAUAUUAUCGUGCUUCCAACAAUUCACUUUAUGCGCUUCAAGUUAACCAAAGUUGUGCUAUAAUUUGUUCAGAUAUAAAUGAAGUUGAAUGGAAGCUUAGCACUACCAAUAAAGCUACUAAUUCAAUACAUGAAGAGAAUCCAUAUCGAAAAAUUGUCAAAAUAGAAAAGGCCACAAUCUACGAUACCGGUGUUUACACGUGUCAGUCUAAAAGAGACCCCAACUUAUUCAUCAGAUUUUUUAUGCGUAUUUUUGGAGGUGACAUUCCGGGCUGGGUAACUCCUGAUGAUUGGCGGAAAACGCUUACUCUCAAAAUACAAUUGAACAGCAGUGAAUGAUGACUUAGAUACAUAUACCUAGAGCUGAUUGUGUUUGGUGUAAUUCCUUACUGUUCAUAAAAUUCAUACUUUCACAUUUUUCUUGAAUUUUCUUCACACUGUACAAAUAUAUAAUAUGUAUACCUAGGUACUUGUUUCAAUCAUGAGCCAAUAACAUUGAUUUUAUCAGAAUAUUAUUCAACACCGCACUCAUAAAUCAAAAUCAAUUUUCAUCACUUUAUAGGAAUGUUUUAUUUUUCUGCCUGAUAUUGAAACUUGAGAACAUUUUAGCUAGCCACAUCAUGAACAAAAUGUGCUCAAAUUUAACAAUUUUCUGAAGUUUAAUCAAUUUUAAGUAGCUAGGUAUCUACAAAAUAGGGUUGAACACGAAAAGACGCUAGACGGGGUCAUAAUGUUUAUACCUAUACCUGUAUCAUUUGACUAAACUGGUUAGGAAACAUUCACGCUGUGACAGAAGAAGUAACGGAAAUAAAGGGCGAUGAAAAAAAAAGGUCGGAGAAAACAUAUAGGUAGGCCGUAAGAAACGGUACUUGACUAAGUUCUAUGUGAAUGUGAUAAAAGACUUUAUUUUUUAAAAACCGCUUGGAGAAGUAUAAAACGGAUUGUUAUAACAGAUACCUAGUCUUUUUUGAACUUGUAGGCCUAAGUUGUGUGUUGAUUUUUUUUUCUGGUUCAAUCUUUCUUAAUUCGUACUUCUUUAAAAAAAUAAAUCUCCAUAAAUCUACAAGUGUAGGUAUAAUCGCAGUGUUUUGCAUAAAAAUGACUCGAUAUGUGAUUUUACUCUUAAUGAUUUCAUGUUCAACCUUUUCCUUCGGUUCUGCCCUCGAAUAUUAUCGAGUUCCCAACAAUUCUCUCUAUCAGCUCUUCGCUAACCAAAGUUGUACCAUAAUUUGUUCAGAUAUCAAUGAAGUUGAGUGGAAGCUUCGCACUACUGACAAUGCUACAAUUUCAAUUGAUGAAGAGAAUCCAUAUCAAAAGAUUUUGAAAAUAGAGAAGGCCACAACCUAUGAUACUGGUGUUUACACGUGUCGGUCCAAAAGAGACCCAAAAUUAUUCAUCAGAUUAAUUAUGAGUGUUUUUGGAGGUGACGUGCCAGGCUGGGUAACUCCCGACAGUUGGCGCGAAACGCUUGCACUCAAAAUUCAAUUGAACAAAUGAAUAGAAUGAUGGAUUUCAUUGUAAGAUGUUUAAUACCUUAGCUACUAUCGACGUUUUUUUUUAUAUGUACUAGGUAGUAUAGGUACCUUGUUGGUAUCUUUCAAUUUUUUGCAUUAGCCUAGUUGAUCGUAUUAGUAGUUGUUAAAUGUAGAGUUGUAUCCAUAUCUAAAGGAUUUUACUUUGAAAUAGGUAUAAAAGAAUAAAAUUAGGUCUUAAUCCAAAAAUAACAUUUAAUUAGGCAUUAAUGUUAAAUUAGUGCUAAUGAUACUAGAAAAGACAACCAAAUUAAUAAAUUUAUAGCUAUUCUCACAAGGAAGGUA